AUGAUGAUAUUGAAAGUAAUACUUAUUGCUAUAGCUGCUAUGUUGGGCUUUUCGUCCGCGGACAUAGUCGUAUAUACUUCAGCCGGCUAUAAAUUGACAUUGGUUAAUGAUGAUAUUAAUUUUCAACAAGACACUAGACAACGAUGUAUUGAUACAUUCUUUGCUACAAUGCCCGCAAUGUGCAAUCGAUUCAAUAAUGCUGCAUGCAGUCGUGAUGUUCGCGUGACAAUUGAUCCUAAAUAUGAUGCAGUUGCCUAUGCAUCUGGCAAUUCUAUUGUAAUUAGUGCAGCUUGGCUUCGAAACAAUCCACAAGAUACAGAUGUUAUGACACACGAAUGCAUGCAUAUUGUUCAAAGUUAUCCUGGCGGUGCACCAGGUUGGUUAGUUGAAGGUAUUGCAGAUUAUGCUCGAUGGAAAUUUGGCAGAAACAAUCUAGCUGCUAAUUGGCGACUACCAGAUUUUGACCGUAAUCAACAUUACACAAAUGCCUAUCGAGUCACUGCUCGAUUUUUAGUGUGGUGUGAACAGCGUUAUCCAAAUAUAGUUAAUCAACUUGAUGGAGCUUUACGUAGUAAAACUUAUACGAAUAAUUCUUGGAAUCUAUUUUCUGGUGGAAGAUCAGUGGAUCAACUCUGGCUUGAUUAUUCUAUUAGUCCACAUAUCUAA